GGCAGCCAUGCAAAAAGACGUCCCCUUAACUUGAAACCGUCUCUUCUUCAGCCUUUGCGUUCAAGUUGUGCAAACCCUGGCUGAUAGCUUGCCGUUCUCAGCCCCUUGCUCCAACGAUGAGACUAAACAGCAGCCCGCAGUGCAAACCUUCACCCAUGAGCAAUUAACGGUACAGCUAACAAGAUGAACGGCGCUUUGGAUCAUUCAGACCAACCAGACCCAGAUGCCAUUAAGAUGUUUGUCGGACAGAUCCCCCGGUCGUGGUCUGAGAAGGAGCUAAAAGAACUUUUUGAGCCUUACGGAGCUGUCUAUCAAAUUAAUGUCCUCCGAGACCGGAGUCAGAACCCUCCCCAAAGUAAAGGUUGUUGUUUCGUAACAUUUUAUACAAGAAAAGCUGCACUUGAGGCUCAGAAUGCACUGCACAAUAUUAAAACCUUACCUGGGAUGCAUCAUCCCAUUCAGAUGAAACCUGCAGAUAGUGAAAAGUCAAAUGCUGUGGAAGACAGAAAAUUGUUCAUAGGAAUGGUUUCGAAGAAGUGUAAUGAGAAUGAUAUCAGGGUGAUGUUUUCUCCAUUUGGCCAGAUAGAAGAGUGCCGAAUCCUCCGGGGACCCGAUGGGCUGAGUCGAGGCUGUGCGUUUGUCACAUUUUCUACAAGGGCAAUGGCACAGAAUGCAAUCAAAACCAUGCAUCAGUCUCAGACCAUGGAGGGCUGUUCUUCACCCAUUGUGGUGAAGUUUGCUGACACCCAAAAGGACAAAGAACAAAGGCGUCUUCAACAGCAGUUGGCACAGCAAAUGCAACAGCUCAAUACUGCCACUUGGGGGAAUCUGACAGGCCUGGGUGGACUUACCCCACAGUACCUGGCGCUUCUGCAACAGGCAACCUCCUCCAGUAACCUGGGUGCAUUCAGUGGCAUUCAGCAAAUGGCUGGCAUGAACGCUUUACAGUUACAGAAUCUGGCAACCUUGGCUGCUGCUGCGGCUGCUGCCCAAACCUCCGCUACCACCACCAAUGCAAACCCUCUCUCCACAACAAGCAGUGCCCUGGGAGCCCUCACAAGUCCUGUGGCUGCUUCUACUCCCAAUUCCACUGCAGGUGCAGCCAUGAAUUCCUUGACCUCUCUGGGGACUCUGCAAGGACUGGCUGGAGCCACCGUUGGACUGAAUAAUAUUAAUGCACUAGCAGGUACCAUAAACAAAAGGAUUCUUGUUGCUCAAAUGCUCUCAGGUAUGGCGGCUCUGAAUGGAGGACUUGGCGCCACGGGCUUGACGAAUGGUACGGCUGGCACGAUGGAUGCCCUCACCCAGGCCUACUCAGGAAUUCAGCAGUACGCUGCCGCCGCACUGCCCACGCUCUACAGCCAGAGUUUGUUACAACAGCAGAGCGCUGCCGGCAGCCAGAAAGAAGGUCCAGAAGGGGCAAACCUUUUUAUUUAUCACCUUCCACAGGAGUUUGGAGACCAGGACAUUCUACAAAUGUUCAUGCCUUUUGGAAACGUUAUCUCUGCUAAAGUCUUCAUUGACAAACAGACCAAUCUGAGCAAGUGCUUUGGUUUUGUUAGCUAUGACAAUCCUGUCUCUGCACAAGCUGCUAUCCAAGCUAUGAAUGGCUUUCAGAUUGGCAUGAAACGCUUGAAGGUCCAGCUGAAGCGUUCCAAAAAUGACAGCAAACCUUACUGAUCUUAACCCCAGAAGCUCACUGCUCUUAUUUUAGCUUUCUUAGGACAUCUUCAUGCCCGUUAGUUCAUCGUUUGCCUAGCAUGUCCCUGUGGCGUCUCAAAAAAAAAAAAAAAGUUUCAUCGUCCCGUCAUUGUUUCUGAUGUCUUUCUGACCUCACAUCAUAUUUGGUUCUCCUACUGACCUUUGAAAUUUGCAUGUGACCUCAUCUAGCUAUGAAUUCUGGGAAGUCAAUGUGAAAAACAUUGCUGCAUUCAUGCAAGACUGAAAUUUAUUAUUAGACAAAUUAAUUCUAGAAGAAAAAAAAACCUGUGGCAAAAUGUUUCUUUCUUUCUUAAUUUUUUUUUCUUUUCGUAAAAAAAAAAAAACAAAAACAGACUUGAAAGUAUUAUACAGGGAUUGGCAUUCUUCCCGGUCACUGGUAACAAUAGCAAUAUGUGUCCAGGGACACAGAAUGUUGGUUUCUAACAGACUACUUCCAAAAACAGUUUGAGAAAAAAAAAACUGUCUGAUUUUAAGUCUCUAGAGGUCUGUAAUCGUUUUUACAUUUUUCAGGCAGUGUAAAGUUUUUUGAUAAGGCCAUUUUAGGUGGCUCUCUUUCUCAUUAAGAUAUAUAUAUAUAGAACCACUUUUUUGUAGAUUAGUAUAAGAAAAUAUUUACCCUGUUUUGGGGCAAAUGCUACCUAUUUGUGUCACCUUUUGCUGAACUGAC